CGUAGCGGUAGCGCUGCGCUUCGCGCGUUUUUCGACUGUGCCGGAACUUUUCGGCAGCGGCGACUGUUCGUGCAGGCCUCGUGCAGGCGAUAAAGCGUGCCUACGGCACCAAGAAAAGCACCAUAAAACCCUAGUGGAGACCAGCGUUGUGAAGACAGUCCUGUGGAGUGUCACUGCUGCGCAAAAGUGGAGCGGGAGUCGAGGAGGAGAGCGAUUGUGGCGUUUGUUCCUGGCCGUAUUUCGGGCUCUGAGCUGUGCUUCCUGCAGGGAAGCAGACAUACUCUCCCCCUCCUCACAUUCUGCUGGGACACCAUGCAAACAAAACCCACAUUGGGCAACUUUCAACUGCCUAGCCAGCAGCAGCAGCCUGUCGCAAGCCACGAAGAAGAGCCAGAAAGCAUGUCCCAGUCUGGCCCUGUGGACAUUCCGGAGGCACUCAAGUUCAAGGGCGAGGAAGAUAAGUCGGUGGUGACGGGGGUGUCACUGCCAUCGUUGGCCGCACCUGCCCCUCGUUUACAUGCAUCCUCAGUGGCGGCAAGAUCAACAUUGUCCGUGUGCAGAAAACGAGAGGGUCAGGCCACGCCUGCAAGUAAAAGAAGAAAGCGAAACCAUGAUAAUGUUCUGGUGCAGCAGCUGGGGCCCGGCAUGUCCAGUGCCCUGGAAGUUACCCCGCUAAAAGAUGACCUCGACUUGUUUGCAAUGUUGCUAGUCCGGCUCAUGAGACUAGUAAGCGUUGACAAGCAAAUGGACCUGCGCAUAGAGAUGCUGCGUACUAUCGACAAAUAUAUGGAGUAAUUUUUCUUUCAUAUUUGGCUCUACCACUGGGCCUUCAUAGUGCUGAUGACACAUUGGCUUGGGAAAAGGAACACAUAACAAACAUGCAUUGUUCAUGCUAUCUUUUUUUUUUUUUUUUUUGCUCGUCCAUGUGUAUAAUGCACCAUGGAGGUGCAGUGAAAGUGCCAGCCAGCUGAUUAAACAUGUUUGCUAAAUGUAUUUAUUUUCUUUUAUAUUUCUUUCCACCUCAGUUAUAUCACAUCCCAUUCCACGAAACUUAAAUGUGCCACUUAGGGCUCAGCGGCUCCAUGCCAUAGCUUCUGAAUCAGGCAUCUGCGACUGAAUUUAUGGCAUUGCAUGUUUAGUUUGAGUUCACGUGGGCUGGUUGGUAUAUGGUAGAUAUCAACUGCUAUUGUUUAAGACUGUAAAAGUGUUUUAUUCCUAUUGCUUUGUAUUUCUGUGUUCCCUGUGUUACUGCAACGGCACCAAUUAAAACAUUUUUAGAACGCA